GUGAUGAAAAAUAUAAAUCCUCAAACGAGAAAGAAGGAAAAAAAAAUAUAUAAUUUAUUAUCGGUCAAUGAAGUUAAGAAAAGGCAUAAACACUUAGAACUUGAAAUAGAAGAAAGAAAAAUGGAUUUGAAGGAACGUGAAGUAGCUCUAAGAAAAGCAGAAGCUGAAGUAGAAGCUAUUGAAUUUGCUAAUGAAAGAAUGAAAUUGGAUCUGGAAAAAAGUAAAACAUGAAUUGUAAAUUGUAAUAUAUCCUUUCUGAUGUAAUAUGCUGAUGGUUUUGAAAUAAUAAUUGGAAAAUUAUUUUUAUUUUACAGUAAUAAAAUAAUUGUAAUUACUGACCAAUAUAUAAAGUUUUUCUCAUUGAUCA